CGCUAAUCUACUUUUACGAAGAAGAAUAAAUAUUCACAUUUUUAAGUUUUUAACAAGAAAACCCGACUUUUCGGGACUGUUUAAGCCUUGCAACAUACUGUUCUCGUGACUUGCUAUCAUGUAAAGUUAUUGUAAUUAAUAAGAAAAAGCAUUUGAGAGAUAUAAAAGGAAAAUUUUGAAAUUGUGAAUCACACAACAACAAAAAGUCACAUCAAAUUUAAAUUUUUUUGAUAAAUUAUGGAGUCAUCCUCAGCAUUGGAGCUACUUUCUCGUGCAGCAUUAAAUGCUCAGGAACAUGAAGCAGCUAUUGAGUUAAGUAAACUGCCAGCCAAGAAAAGAUUAACACAGCUUAAAGCUCAACAGAAUGCCAUAUUAAAUUCAACAGCACCCACCCAUUCUAGUUUAUCAAUAAUACCCAUCAAUAAUCAAGCAGUAUCUGCGCCCAUAAAUUCCAGUAACAAUAAUAAUACAAUCAAAUCGUCAUUAUUGGAUCGUUCAGAAUUAAUGGAACAAGACGACGAUGAAGAAAUUAAUGUUGACGGUGACCACGAUGAUAGUCCAUUAGAUAUGCGAAUAACUAAAACAAAGCAUGAUUCUGACGAUUCGGUUCGCCCAAGUGUCAUUCGACGUGCUCCGUCAUUCAAAGAUACUAACUCGAAUUCACCAGAUCCGUCAUCAACUUGUGAUCCAUUUAUUGAUGAACAUUUUAGACGUUCUCUCGGUACUGACUAUGAUCUCAUUAUGCGAAAUAAACAAUUGGAACAAGAGCAAAAGCAACGAAUGUUAGAAGAACAAUUACAGCAGCAGCAACAACAACAGCAAGCAGCUGUUAUGCAUACACAAAGUCUACUUAAACUCAAGCACCAUAAAAAGCAUCAAAUUCAUCAACAUCACCAAGCAAUGUUAAGCAUACAACAAGAAAAUCAACUGCCAAUUCAAACGACACCAAUACAAAUUGUCCCACAAUUGCAGCCACAACAACAGAAACAAGUGAUAAUCACUGAGCACAGUGAUACUAAUGAAAUGUCUGUUGACGAUCACUUUGCAAAGGCUUUGGGUGAUACAUGGAAGAAGAUUCAAAAUGAGAGCAAAUGAAGUUGCUAGUUGUACGGUAACAGGACUUACAUACUUACAUUUAAAAAUUUAACUACAUAUAGCAUUUAUAUGCUUUAGGAAGCAAAGAGUCUUGGACUCUAUUUUUAAUGGUGUACCUUUUCCUUACAUCUUCCUUUUUAAUUAAUCCUACUUUUACGAAUAUAUUCUCAUUCGGUGGCAA